GAUACCGAGUCUUACCAGCUUAACCUUAAAUGGUGCGAAUUACAAUCCCUUAAGCUAAACGGGGAACGAUUAACGUGGACGAAUAACCUUGAAUCGUUAAAGAAUUUUGUGGAAAAUGGCUUGAAACUACAAGGAAAGUGGUCGUCGCCCGGAGGAAACGUAAAGCAAUUCAAAAGUUCUAACAAUAAUCUUGUCAUCAACUGGUAUAAUAAGAAACAGCUAACCCUUUGUUUCCAAGGUCGAGAUGGUCCCUCCUUAAAGGACAAGUUGGUCAAGUUUAUUCAAAAUAAACAGGGAACAGAAGCUGAUACGCCUGUCUCGUAUGCUUCAACAACCGAGCAAGAAAUUCCGCCUUCGCAAGAAGCCAAUGGCAUCUGCAGUAAUCGACUAGCUUCGGCCGCCGACGCCGAACUUGAGAACAGUAUUCAAGAGCGAUCGAACUCGGUUAUCAGUGCUGAUAUUGAGGGCUUAAAACUGGAUUUACUAAUUCUUCAGAAAAAGGUUGAAGCAAAUACAAGCCUUCUGUCGACGAAAUGCAAAUUACAAGAAACCGCUUUUAGCGCCGAGCUCCUCGAUUACAAAGAGAGGUAUGAGAAGGUGUUAUCGACAUUAUCUAAAAAAGAUAAUGAAAUUGAGGUGUUGGAGGAAAAGUGUUUUUCCUAUGAGAGCCAAGUUUUGUCCUUGCAACAAGAAAAUGAUUCUCUUAAGCUGGCAAUGAAGAUCAUUAUGCAAGAAAGAAGCGAGGGCGAAUGCCGCCAACAAAAGAUAUGUGAUUGUUGGUCCCAAGUGGGCACACUUGGGAAAAGUGUGAAUGAUAAACAUAUCCAACGGCCGUUGGCGGCCUGCAAUAUAGUAACUCAGAACAGAUUUGAGCCCCUUAGAAGUGAGGUACAAUUCCAAGUGAGAAAUGAGGACAACUAUACUGCAAAUAACGAAGAAAGUCGCCAACAACAGCAACAGCAACAUUCACAUGUUGAUUCAUCUGAAGCGAGCCGGGCAUUUGAUUCAAUUCCAACUAGUCAUAACCGCUAUCAGGCCUUACUUGUCUCUUCUCCUUCGAGUCAAGUAUCCUCUGAGAUGCCACUGCAUCAGUCUGGAGCGCACGCAAAUACCUCUCGAGUUAGUGCAAAUAACUCCAAAAGCGGUGAAGUCGGAAAGACAAGACCCAUAGUGCUUAUUGGUGACUCAAUGAUAAAACACAUUGAUCCAAAAAAGCUUUCGCAAAGACAUGUACAUAAAUUCUCAUAUCCCGGGAAAACCACUGCUGAAAUAGCUGAAGCUGUUGACAACAUCGCUGUUGCAUCCGCGGAUCCUUCUCACGUCAUCAUCCAUACUGGCACCAACAAUCUUCCGUCGGAGUCUGCCGAUUCAUGUGUCGCCGAUAUCAAGAGCCUUGUAUUGAAGGUGAAGAGCAAGUUUCCUAACUCAAGCAUUGGUCUCUCGGGUAUAGUCUACAGAGAAGAUAUCAACGUCGAUGCUAAACGCAUUGAAGUUAAUGAGAGGGUCAAGCUCACAGCAGUAGAUAAUAACUUUACUUAUAUUGAUAAUUCGGUUAUUGACGCCUCAGCAUUAAAUGGUAGUAGACUUCAUCUGAAUGCCAAAGGUUCGUCAUUGCUGGCCGUGCAAUUUAUUAAGUUUUUAAGAUCUGGUUCUGGCAAGUAUAAUCAGUCUCUUAAGGGUUUUCAGUCCUCAGCUAUCCAACAACUGGUAAAGCUUCUGAUGGAACUGGGAAACCUUCCCUCUCCAGCUCGCAACAGGAGACGCCCACGCUAG